CUCGGAUGUCUCAUAGGUUUUUCUUUUCUCGGAAAGUGAAAAGAAAAUGAGAAGCGGAGCCCAUACUUUUUUUUAUUGAUCAUCAUAACAAACAGAGUCCCUGAAAGCUCUUACUUUCUUCCCUCCUUUCCUACUCAUCUCUUUCUCUUUCUGUGAUUUGUUUGGAGGAAAGGUCGCCGGCCGUCCGAUAAAGCAGAAUUGAAUUGAUUUGGGGAUUUGAGUUUAAUGAAAUUUAUGUAAUGGAAGGGCUGUGUUAGAGAUUGGAAUAAAGAAGGAAGGGAUGGAUUCGGAGGGGAUUUUGUCGAUCUCUAUGCAAUCCGUGGUGGAGGACGUGAUAAAGCAGCAUGCGAUGAGGCUGAGUGACGUCGACCUGGCGACCAGGAAAGCAGAGGAAGCAGCGACAAGAAGGUAUGAGGCAGCCGCAUGGCUGAGAAGGACCGUAGGCGUAGUUGGAGCGAAGGAUUUGCCAGAGGAGCCUUCCGAGGAAGAAUUCAGGAUUGGGCUUAGAAAUGGAAUAAUCCUUUGCAAUGUCAUCAACAAAGUACAACCUGGGGCAAUACCAAAGGUUGUAGAAGUUCCCAUCGAUUCAUUUUUCAUCCCAGAUGGAGCGCCAUUAUCAGCAUACCAGUACUUCGAGAAUGUGAGAAACUUUCUUGUAGCACUUCAAGACAUGGGCCUUCCCACCUUUGAGGCAUCAGAUCUUGAAAGGGGAGGGAAAAGCUCUAGGGUUGUGGACUCUGUUCUGGCUCUUAAAUCAUAUAUUGAAGGCAAACAAUCAGGCAAAAAUGGCUCUUCAAAAUUUGGUGGGAUAACAAGACCUGGAAGCUUAUCGAAACAUUUUAUGCGAAAAAGCUCUGAUCCUUUCAUGAAUUUCAUUUCUCCAACUAAAUCAUUGCCUGAGAAAUCAUCUGAUGAACUGUCCUUGGAAGAUAAUUUCAAUGGUGACUUUUCAGUACAAUCAACGGAAAUGAAAAGUUCUCGUUCUCUCAAUAUGCUGAUUCAUACAGCUUUGUCGAAUAAGAAGCCUGAAGAAGUUCCAUCUCUUGUAGAGACAAUAUUAAAUAAAGUCAUGCAAGAAUUUGAUCAGCGCAUUGCCAACCAAAAGGAAAGGAUGGUAGUACGAGGAAAAGUUUCUAAAAGAAAGGAGGAAGUAGUAAACAUGAAAGAGAAUGCUGAAAAUGAAUUAAAAGAGAGCCAUGUGAAGCGACAAGAGAAGGAAGGUGAGGGGAGAGAAUUAAAAGAGAGGCCCAUGCUUAUAGAGCAGCAGUUGAAACUAGAAGCGAAGUCCUUUCAAGACGGGCAUUUCCUGCAGCAACAUAAAGAAAAAUCGAUGGAAGAAAAUGAUCAGAUAGAGAUGGAAGAGAAGGCAAAGAUAGAGAGGCUUAAUAAGCAGCAAGCAAAGGAAAUGAAACAAAAGGCCUUAAAGGAGAGGCUUAUCAAGCUGCAGCUAAUUUUUGAUCGUCAGCAAAAGGAGAUUCAGGAAUUGAAAUGUGCCGUUCAUUUUACUAAGACUAGUAUGGAGCAUUUGAAGGCACAUCAUUCUAAGGAUUUUGAUAAUCUUGGAAAUCAACUACGUGCCCUAGUAAGUGCCGCAUCAGGAUAUCAUAAGGUUCUCGCAGAAAACAGAAAACUAUACAAUCAAAUUCAAGAUCUGAAAGGAAACAUUAGGGUUUAUUGCAGAGUGAGACCUUUCCUACAUAGUCAAAUGAGUAACAUGAGCACUCUUGGUCGUAUUGAUGAUCAAAAUAUUACCAUUUUUUCACCAUUAAAAACCGGAAAAGAUGCACGCCGAAAUUUCACUUUCAACAAGGUCUUUGGCCCAUCAGCAACCCAAGAGGAGGUUUUUUCAGAUACUCAACCCUUGAUUCGAUCUGUUCUUGAUGGUUACAACGUUUGUAUUUUUGCUUAUGGUCAAACAGGUUCAGGAAAAACACAUACAAUGAGUGGGCCUAAAGAACUCAAUGAGAAAACUCUGGGUGUAAAUUACAGGGCAUUGAAUGAUCUCUUCUGCCUUUCAGAGCAGCGAAAAGAAACAUUUACAUAUGAAAUCUCAGUUCAGAUGGUUGAGAUUUACAAUGAGCAAGUUAGAGAUCUGCUUAAUGACGGUCUUAACAAAAGAUUAGAGAUUCGCAAUUGUUCAAAUAAAGGACUCAGUGUCCCUGAUGCAAACUUGGUUCCUGUUAGAUCAAUAGAAGAGGUGAUUGAAAUAAUGAAUUUAGGCCAAAGAAACCGUGCAGUUGCUUGUACAUCUAUGAAUGAUCACAGCAGUCGCUCUCAUAGUUGCUUGACCAUUCACGUGCAAGGAAAAGAAUUGACAUCUGGUUAUGCGCUUCGAGGAUGCAUGCACCUUGUUGACUUGGCGGGCAGUGAAAGGGUUGAUAAAUCUGAGGUUAAAGGAGAGAGAUUGAAGGAGGCUCAAUAUAUUAACAAGUCACUCUCAGCUUUAGGAGAUGUGAUAGCUUCCCUUGCGCGGAAAAAUGCUCAUGUCCCAUACCGAAAUAGUAAACUCACACAAUUGCUUCAAGAUUCACUUGGAGGACAAGCAAAAACUCUAAUGUUUGUUCACAUAAGUCCAGAAGUUGAUGCUCUCGGGGAGACAUUGAGCACACUCAAAUUUGCCGAGCGAGUGGCCACUGUUGAGCUUGGGGCUGCUAAAAUAAAUAAAGACAACGGUGAAGCUAAAGAUCUUAAGGAGCAGGUAGCUUUUCUUAAAAUGGAAUCGGUAAGAAAAGGCGCAGGAGAACCUAUAAGGCCUACAAUGUUCAGUCCCGACUUAUUAAGAUUGAAGACGGAUGCUGUUUGUUCUACAUCAUUAAAUGAUGAAGAAGAUGAGUUGGACUAUCCAACCAGCAACAGGCAGUCAAUGGAGGAAGCCGACCACAUUGAGGCUAUAAGCAAUGCAACAAGGCAAAAUAAGCUAAAUUACCAUGAUGAAGAAUUGCAAGUCUCCAUGGACUUACCUUGGCAUGAGAGUUGCCCACGGCUAGAUGAAAAUAACCUGGAGAAAAGGUCAGGAGAGUGGGUUAACAAAGUGGUUGUGAACAACAGGAACAGAGCUACUUCUGGAGAAGAAGAUGGGAUACAAGAACAAGUUUUCUUCCAGAGAUACUUAAAUGAAAUGAGAGUUUUCCCUGACCAGCAGGUGAACAGCAGUGCUGGUGGUAAGAAAGUAGAAAAACAUGAUUUGCAGCAGAACCGGUUGGAUUCCGAUUCAGAUGAUUUUGAAAAUUCUGCAAGCGAUUCAUCAGAGGUAGAGCUGCUGAGUCAUUUGAGUGUUUCAAAGAUUCCUAGCAUAGCCGAUGUGGGCAUGUCAAAACUUAGGAGACCACAAGCUAAGGGCAUUAAGAGCGUGGAUGGAAGGAACUUGAGCCAUGGAAAUAUCCCUUCUCCAUCAAGAAAAAUGUUGAAUGGGCCAAGCCAGAUACCCAACCGGACUGCAAGACAGCCGGGUUCAGGUGAUGGGAAACGGUCUGGUAUCAAGAGCAGUGGAAAGUAAGAGGUUUGGGUAGGGAUCUUGAUUUUGUUGUUUCAGAUUUGGGUAAGGAUUCACUGAAGUGAGGCUAAUUUGAUUUUAAAGUUUCAUAUUUAUACUUCUAUACAUUUUUCUUUAUUUUUGAUAGUCAAGAGUACUGAAAGAUAGUCUGAUGUAUUGAUUGCACUUCUGGCUAGUGUAAAUAAAUUUUGGUAAAUAAUAAUUAUAGUGAAAUAUUUUAAUGUG